AUGAAGUCAGGUGAGAAGGGAUUUUAUAAAAAUUACAAAUAAAUGUAAUUGAUAAAGAAAGAUUAUCGUAUAUCUUCAUGUGCAUAUUUCCAUUUAUUAUGUAGUUCUUACAUUAAAGGAAAUUUGACAUGUCCAUUACCGUUAACAACUUUGGAUUUUCUUUAUAAUUUCUCACAAUCUGAUUUGGAAAUUGUGUGGCCUUGUGAAAUUCGUUUUUACUGGUUAUCAUUACAACCAUUUGUUAAGUUUGUACGUUUUUUACUUAGCUUCGUAACACCCUUCAUUAUAAUACUUGGUGUGUUGUUAAAUACCAUAUCUUUUGUAAUAUUGAGUACACCUGUACUUUGUGAAACUAAUUUAUCGCUUUAUUUAAAGGCACUUGCCUUGUCCGAUAAUGGAGCACUAGUAUUUAAUUAUGCUGUGGGCAUUGCAAAAUCACAUUUUAUAUUUGUUAAUAAUCUUUUCAUGAAUAGUAGAUUUCUAUGCGGUUUGAAUUCCAUUACUAUGGAAUUCUUUCAAUUUACAUCUACCUGGCUAGUAGUAGUUUUCACAUGGACACGACUAUUUGCUAUUAUGUUUCCUUUUGGAAUAUAUGGUCAUUAUAACAAUUGCUCUGGGACAAUAACCAUCGCCAUUUUGAUAUGCCUUAGCUUUAUAAUAUCAUUAACAAAAUUGUAUUCAGAAGGCUAUGAAACAGACAGUGUUUUUGAAUUUAUACCAUGCCAAAAAAAAAUAAAACCAUGGGGUAAUGCAAUGUAUUUUUACAUUGCAUUAUCAACUUGGUUGCCUCUACUAUUUAUAUUUAUUGGAAAUAUUUUACUCAUCAUACAUAUGAAAAAAACUGAGAAAAUUCGUUGCCAGUUGACUCAAAAUUUCGGACAUAAAACGAACAAAAUACAUCAUACUUCCAGAACAUUGUUUGUAGUAUCAACUGUUUAUUUAGUGCUAUUGCUACCCCUUGGAAUAGUUGAAACUUUGGGGCUAUAUUGGGAUAUCAUUUUGAUUAAAUUUCCCGAUACUGAGGCAAAAAGGAAAGCGGAAUAUAUACAUUGGUAUAUAAAUUACAUGUGUAUAUGUAUAUUAGUUGCAUACAUACUACAAUAAGUCGAAAAUUGCGGUAUUUGACAAUUAAUUGUUUUUCAGGUUGAAAGAAAAAAUGUUAUUGAAAUGGUGCCGCGGUUUGUGCUUUCACAUAUAUCAUUGGAAUUUUGCAAUCAAUUUUUUUUUAUAUUGUCUCACAGGUGAAAAAUUUAGGAACGUAGUUAUACAGACAUUAAAGCGAUAUAAGAUUGUAAUGUUUUCAAUAUUUUCUAAACACAUUAACAAAUAUACGUCGUGUUCAAAAUAUCCGACACAUUUGAAAUCCAUACAGCCUUCGAAUGUAUUUUAAUAAAAGCUAUUGCAUUUGAUAAACAUUCCAUCUCUGGAAAUGUUUCUGCACAAAAUAAUAGUAUUGUUGCACACAUUUAACGCAAUAGAAUACAUAGAAUUUAUAAAGACUGUUAACAUUAAACAUAAUAAAAUAAAUUUUUUACAUCAUCUUUUUGUUUGAUACAUUUCAUGGCAAAUUUUAUUAUUUAGAUCACUUUUGGUAGGUAUACUUUUCUUUGUUUAUGUUUUUUACUAAUUUUAUUACAUAUUUUCAUAAUUUACAAAAAUUAAAAUUUCUAUUACAUGUUUCUAGGAAGUAUAUUAUAUUACUAGUAUUAUUUAUCACAUUAAAUAAUUAAUUUAAGAAAAGAAAUGACUACUAAUGUAGCCAGAUAUCACAUUGCAUAUGCUGAAAUAAUUUUAAAAAUUACAUUUUUCUGUGUUAUAUUCACAAAAGUGAAGAUAUAACAAAUUAUGCUGUAAUUUGCUAUAUAAUUAUGCUAUAUAAUUAUAUUAAUUAUAUUAAUUCAUAUCAAUUUUAUAAAUCAAUUUUCUGGUCCCAAUAUAGAUUAUAGAAUUUAUAAAACUAUUGCUUACUAAUACUGCAAUUAAAAUCUCCUCUGAUAUUUGAAAAAUUGUUUAAAUAAUUUUUUACAUAUUAUAAUUGAAAAACAUCUAUUUAUAUACACGCACUUGUGAAAAUACAUUUUUCAUUGUAGUGAGAGAAUAAUUAAAUAUUUACAUUAAAAUAUGUGAUGCUAUAGCAAAUAUUUAAAUUUAAUAUUCUUAGAAUUAGCAUAUUCAUGUACUAAACAUAAAUCGAAAUAUAUUUUAAAUAUAUAUUACAAAAUACAAUUUGAUAUAUGUAGUACAUUCAAGUAUAAAGUAUGAUAUACAUGUUUAUCAGUAAUAAACUAUAAGUAAAUAAAAAAUUUGUAUUACUCUUUGUUUUUGUUAUCUCUAUUAAACGUAAUUUUUAUUUUUUAUAUAACAACGCAAUAUGAAAUAUGCUGAACAAAAUAAUUACAAUAACACUAAAACAUCACAUGUUUUGGUGUUAGUUGCAAUUUUGCAUUGAUUUACUAAGUUUUGAAUAUUUUGUGUAAAAUAUGAGAAAAUAUAAUUAUUCAUUUUAUUCAGACGUGUUAUUUGUAUCAUGUUGCAUAUUUUACAAAUUAUUGUUUAGUUAUUGAGUUUAUUAAAUAAGUGUAUUCAAUUUAUCGAUAAAUUUAGGAUUUGCCUAUACUUAACAAUUAAUUUGAAAAAUUUACAAAGAAACGUUAUUCCAAAAACUUGAUAAUAAAAAAUAUUACUUUCACUAUAUAUUAUAUAAUAGAUAACUUAAAUAGAAUUUAAAUUAUAAAUAUGAUUCGUUGAAAUUUAAUAUUUAGAUCCUCAAUUUAAACUUUGUGCGUAAUUAUAUUGAAAUUUCUGCUAAAAAGAUAAGAGAUUAUUAUAAAGUUUUAUAUGUACAUUUUUUCACAUUUUUGCACUUUAAGUGCAUUUUAAUAUAUAAGAUAAUCCUCUCAUUAGUUAAUCCAAAGAUAGUGCUAAUUGUUUCAUAUAUACAUAUAUACACAUAUGUAUCAUUUGUCAUGUCACAUUAUAUAUAUAUUGACGUGAUAAUUCUUAUCAAAAGUCGAAACCGCCCCUAUCCUUGAAAUGAAAACGAACGUACAUAUUACUGAUGGCACUAUCUUUAAAUUAAUUAGCAAAAGAAUUAUUUUGUAUAAAAAUAUAUAUUACAUAUAUAAUUUAGGAAUAAUUUUAAUAUUUAAUAUUACUUAAAUAUUUUUAUGACAGUACGAAAUGUUUUAUUUGUAUUAUUUAAUUUUUUCUUUAAAUAACAUUUGAAAUGUAUAUAAAUACUAAUAAUGAAGUAAAAAUUAGAAAAGAUUAAUUCAUUUCUGAAAAAUUACUCUACUUUUGAUUUUAAAAAGUUUCAAAAUGUAGAUCUUUUAUUUUCAAAAAUUCGAUAUUUUAAAAACUAAUAAAAAUAUUUCAUUGAAAUUUUUUCUCCCUCUUUCUUGCAAGACAAUACGCAUUUGCAUAUAAUUCAGUCUUUUUGUAAAUAGAAAUUCUCGAAAUAUACGUUUUAAUCAUUCAAUACAACUAUGAUGGAAAGACUCGAUAAAUUUAAAACUUUUUGUUUCUUAUUUUACGAAAAUAUUAUAAAAAUUUAUCGCAUAUAUAAGAUCAAGAACCAAAUUUAAGGCAGAAAAACCACUGA